AUCUGGUUGCCAGAGAAACAGCGGUGCUACAAGCAGGAGGGCUUUGAACUGGCGGCUUCUUCCACCACCAGAGAGGCUGAGGUGGCGGGAGAGAUCCCUCUUCCCUGUGGGGAAGUGGCUGGCGCGGCGAGUGUCGGCGGCGCGCUUCUGCGGCCGUCUACGCUCUGGCUGCCGGGGGCCAGUUCCUCGAGGAGGCCCGGCUGGAAGGAUUUCAAUGGAUAUUAUAAAGGGAAACCUAGAUGGAAUUUCAAAGCCAGCUUCACAUUCAAGAAUACGCCCUGGGAGCAGAAGUUCAAAUGCUUCUUUGGAGGUGCUCUCAAUAGAACCAGGAUCCUUCAAGGUUGAUAAUGCAAGCAACUUGAACUCUGGUAAAGAGGACCACUCCGAAAGCAGUAAUGCAGAGAACAGAAGAACUAGUAAUGAUGAUAAGCGCGAAAGCUGCUCUGAGAAAAUAAAAUUGGCAGAAGAGGGAUCAGAUGAAGAUGUGGAUUUGGUUCAACAUCAGAUACUCACUGAGUGUUCAGAUGAACACAAAUUAAAAGAAUUAGAUUCUCAACUUCAAGAUGCUAUUCAGAAGAUGGAAAAACUUGAUAAAAUAUUGGCAAAGAAACAACGCAGAGAAAAAGAAAUUAAGAAGCAAGGUCUAGAAAUGAGAAUAAAGCUGUGGGAAGAAAUUAAGUCUGCAACAUAUAGUGAAGCUUGGCAAAGUAAAGAGGAGAUGGAAAAUACAAAAAAAUUUUUCUCUCUGACUGCUGCGUCUGAAGAAACUGUUGGUCCUUCUCAUGAGAAUGAAGACACCUUUGCCUCCGUGUUUCAUACUCAGAUCCCUCCAGAAGAAUAUGAAAAGCAGAUGCAGAAACUCAGUAAAGAUUUUACCUGUGAUGUGGAAAGAAAUGAGUCAUUGAUCAAAGCAGGAAAGAAACCUUUCUCAAAUACAGAAAAGAUUGAGCUCAGGGAUAAACACAACCAGGAUUUUAUUAAGAGAAACAUUGAGUUGGCCAAGGAAUCAAGAAACCCAGUGGUUAUGAUUGAGAGAGAGAAGAAAAGGCUGGUUGAGCUUUUGAAGGACUUGGAUGAGAAAGAUUCCGGGCUCUCCAGUUCUGAGGGUGAUCAGUCUGGCUGGGUGGUCCCAGUAAAAGGAUACGCACUGGCAGUCACCCAGCAUCAGCAGCUUGCUGAAAUUGAUAUAAAACUCCAGGAACUCUCUGCAGCCUUCCCAACAAUUUCCAGCUUUUCUCCAAGACUUGAAAAUCAGAAUAAUCAGGAACCUGACUUUGAUGGUGAAAGAAAUAUGGAAGUAAUUCCAGGAGAAAAGGUACUCAGGAACACCAAACAGCAACGGGAUCUGCAUAAUCGGCUGAGAGAGAUUGAUGAAAAGCUGAGAAUGAUGAAGGAAAAUGUGUUACAGAGCACAUCGCGUCUCUCUGAAGAACAGUUAAAGUGUCUUCUGGAUGAAUGCAUAGUUAAACAAAAAUCCAUCAUUAAACUUUCUUCAGAAAGAGAAAAUGAAGACAUUGAGGAUGUAACACCUAUGUUCCCCCAGCUUUCCAGGUCCAUCAUCUCUAAAUUACUAAAUGAAUCAGGAACAAAGGUCCAGAAAACUGAGGCAGAAGAUGCAGAUAUGCUUGAGAGUGCAGAAUGUGAAGCUUCUAAAGGCUACUAUCUCACUAAAGCCUUGACUGGACAUUGCAUGUCAGAAGCUCUUGUCACUGAAGUAGAGGAUAUGAAAUACCUUCAAUUUUCCAAGGAUGAUAUUAUUAGUGACACAAAAGACUAUUUUAUGUCGAAGACUCUUGGCAUUGGGAGACUGAAAAGGCCCUCCUUCUUGGAUGAUCCACUGUAUGGUAUCAGUGUGAGCCUUUCAUCAGAAGACCAACAUCUGAAACUCAAUUCUCCAGAGAAAACAAAAGCAGAUGAGCAGGAGACUAAAGAUGCAGCAGAAGAAUGUAAAGAACCCUAAUCAAGGACUUGCUGGGUGUGCUUUUAAGAAAGUUGGUAAUUAAGUUAAAUUACAUUUUUGAUGGAAUUAUUUGAAUUCAAUGAAUGCAUUGUAGAGACUAUUCUUUACUGAUUUUGACAUUUGGAGUCGCUCUUUGUGGAUUGUAUUUCCUUGAUACUUUUGAGACUUGGGGUGUAAUUGUUCAAGGGUUUUUGCUCAUUAAAAUUUCUGGGACCAUUGUUUAUAAAUUUAUUGCAAUCUUACAGUGUUAGGAUUCAUUAUAAAAACCGACAUUUUAACGUAUACUUGUCAGGGUAAAACUUGUUGAAGUGCUGUGAUUGUCCUGUAUUCAAUUUUGUAUGUUUCACCUCUACUGGGAUUCAGACAGAUCAUGGUGGUCACUGGGAAUUUUUGCUGUGGCCCUGCUUUUCCUUCUUCCCACCUGUGUCAUGUCUGUGAAAUUGGUACAACCUGCCAUAAGAUGAAAUGAAUUGCCUCAACAAAGCAAUGUUAGAAGAGCCUUUACUAUCUUAUUGGUGAUGACACAUUUCUUAAGUAGGAAUUUGACUGAAUUAUUUGAUAUAUUACUUUGUUAAUAAUAGUCAACAAUAGUUUAUUUUCUUUCAGAGUUUGGGCCUUUUAGAUCGCAUCAAAUAAAAAUGAGCUACUUAAAAGAAAGUCUGCAGCACUAUUUUAAGAGAGAUAAUUUAGUUACAAGUCAGUAACUUAGACUCACGAGAAAGUGUUAUGUUGACACUCCAUGAGAUGAGUUGGCAUUAGAAUUGGAAGUCCAGUUUAUUUCUGAAUCAAAAAAAUGAGCAGGCUAUUGUGCUGCCUUUAAUAAAAUGUGGAGUAAUGUAUACAUAA